AUGGCAAAUAAGAAGACAUCAUCUACCCGCGGACGAAGAAAAGGAAAGAGGACUCCAUCAUCAGCCGUUGCCAAAGCUGACGAACAACGUGUUUGUGCACCUGCAGAUGUAGUUGAACCACCUGAUGAAGAUGCACUUAUUCCUGAGACAUCUUUAAAUAAUGCGCCACAUGUUCCUGAGCUCUCAAAGUCCCCAACACAACCUUCCCAAGACUCCCAUAAUUCAUCGGCUUUAUCAUCUGAAACCAUUGAUGACUUCACCUCCUUCCGGCGGGCUGAUAGCAAGAAGAAAAUUAGAGGAAGAGGGCGAAAAAAAACCCCCUACAACCUCAGCGCCACAGAAGAGGAGCUGAUGCUGGAGUUUAUCAUGGACAAUCCUGUGCUGUGGAAUGUGAAGAUGACAGAUUAUAGGCGAAAAGACAAGAAAGAGAAGAUCUGGGAAGAGCAAGCACAUCAGAUGAAUAAGACUGUUGACAUCCUCAAGGGCUGGUUCAGAUCGUUGCGCGACACCAAUAUACGCCUUGACAAGAAGAAAAGCGGGGAUAGUGCUCCAAACCUGACUAAGAGAGAACAGUGGAUCCUCUCAAAGUUUGCCUUCCUGAAGACUGUCACUCGCCACCGACCGGAGCCCAUGCAGAGUGUGAAGGAAACCAUCCAGCUUCACAGAGGAGAUCUCAAUGCUGCCGAGAGCGCCUGCGCUGAUAUGCAGGAUGUCUAA